AGCCCCACGGCCCUCGCCAUCACUCUUGAAGCUGACUAAAAAGAAGGCUUCGGGCGGCGGUUUGGAAAAGCCAGGGGCUGCGAGGAUUGCAGGGAGACCGAGGAAAUGGCAGGAGGUUUUGUGGGGGGUGAUGUAGGCAAGAGAGCAGAGCUCUAUGAAGGAAGGAUUACCAGUUAUUUCAUCUUAGCUUGUAUUGUUGGAUCCCUUGGUGGAUCCCUUUUCGGAUAUGAUCUUGGUGUCUCUGGUGGAGUUACUUCUAUGGAUGAUUUCCUAAAGCACUUCUUCCCCAGUGUGUACCGAAGAAAGCAAGCACAUCUACAUGAAACCGACUACUGCAAAUAUGACGACCAGAUUCUUACUCUCUUCACAUCUUCCCUCUAUUUCGCGGGCCUCGUCUCCACCUUUGGUGCCUCAUACGUGACCAGAAAAUAUGGGAGAAGGAUCAGCAUCAUGGGUGGUGCAGUCAGCUUCUUUCUCGGUGCAGCUAUCAAUGCAGGAGCUGUUAACAUCUUCAUGCUGAUCAUUGGCCGAAUUCUCCUCGGAAUUGGCAUUGGUUUUGGAAAUCAGGCAGUUCCCCUCUAUCUAUCUGAGAUAGCACCACCGAAGAUCCGAGGGGCAGUUAACCAGUUGUUCCAGCUGACUACCUGCCUGGGGAUUUUGGUUGCUGAUAUCAUCAACUACUUCACAGAAAAGCUCCACCCAUGGGGUUGGAGGCUAUCUCUCGGUCUGGCCAUGGUGCCUGCAACUCUCAUGUUUGUUGGAGGAAUUUUUCUACCAGAAACCCCGAACAGCCUUGUCGAACAAGGCAAGCUGGAUGAAGCAAGAAUUAUUUUGGAGAAGGUGAGGGGAACUCAUAAGGUGGAUGCAGAAUUUGAGGACCUCAAGGAAGCCAGUGAGGCGGCUCGAGCAGUCAAGCACCCUUUCAGGAACCUCCUCAAACCAAAGAACCGUCCCCAGCUUAUAAUAGGAGCACUUGGAAUCCCCGCAUUCCAGCAGCUCUCUGGCAUGAACUCCAUAUUGUUCUAUGCUCCUGUGAUCUUCCAAAGUUUGGGUAUGGGAUCAGGUGCUUCCCUCUACUCAUCCAUCAUAACGAGCUCGAUGCUUGUGCUUGGUGCGCUUGUUUCGAUGUCAGUUGUCGAUAGGUUGGGAAGGAGAUUUUUGUUCAUCGAAGCUGGAAUUCAAAUGAUUAGCUCGAUGGUGGUUGUGGCUGUUAUUCUUGCACUAAAAUUUGGUCGGGGGGCGACGCUCCCAAAAGAUUUGGCGAUCGUCCUCGUGGUCGCGAUCUGCACAUUUGUGGUGGCCUAUGGAUGGUCCUGGGGGCCUCUUGGUUGGUUGGUUCCUAGCGAGAUCUUCCCACUGGAGACAAGAUCGGCAGGUCAGAGCAUGGUGGUUUGUGUCAACCUCUUCUUCACUGCUGCAAUCGCUCAGUGCUUCCUUGCUAUGCUAUGCCAUUUAAGAUAUGGAGUCUUCAUCCUAUUUGCUGGCUUGAUUGUGAUUAUGUCCGUGUUCAUCAUCCUACUCCUGCCAGAGACAAAGCAAGUGCCCAUUGAGGAGAUGUCUCGUCUGUGGGAGAAGCAUUGGUUUUGGAAGAGCAUUGUAUCUCGGCCUGAUUCAGGUAAUAACGACCAAAAGCAGCAGGAAACUAAGGCUGCAACAGUUGUUUAACUGCACCACACCUUCAAGUCCUCGUCUUAUGUUAUUUAGAUGGGCUGAAUCUUUGCUGGAUUUUAUGUUGUCCUUUGAUUAGAGGACAAUUCUUCUCUGUAUUUGUUGGGAAAGUGACAAUAAAUAAAGACUAAGAUUACUUUUAUGCUUUCUUCAUAGUGAUAUGUCGGUUGCUGAUGGUUAAGUUGCUGGCAUAAAAGUUCUACUUCAAUUCUCUUUCUUUCUCUUUUUUUUUU